GUAGAGUGGAUCAAGAAAUUAGUGUGUCUGGAUUUCUGCUUCAUUUAGGUACCAGGUGAGUAGGUUUAGUACCGAAACAUCUAGUUGGCUACUUAUUUUGAUCUUACCAAUUGUUCCUUUACCACUGAUCUGAAGAUAAUUGUUUAUAUCAUACUUUUAACCAGUGAGAUUAGGGUUUUUUUGGCUUUCCUGAAUUGUAAGAGGAGAUUAGUUAAUUCUACUUUUCACCUCUUAUUCUUUAUUACUUUCCUGUUGCUCUCAAGAUCCGCGUUUUAGCUUCAGCUGAAUUUGGCUGUGAAUUCUGCGGUCUCUGUCCUCGUUUUAUCUUAAUUUAUCACUGAUCUGAAGAUAAUUGCUUUCUGCUGCUUUUACACUCAAGUUCUUCCUGGUUCUUCGUCUACUUGGAUUCCUGAAGCUUGCGAGAUGUUUUUAUCGGUUUCCUGCUUUGGAAAAUUCUGAGCAUUUUCAGCUUUGCUUGAUAAGAUGCAGCCUGACCAGCGACGGAAGGCACCUGCGGAAGUAGAUUUCUUCACUGAAUAUGGAGAAGGUAACAGAUACCAAAUAGAAGAAGUAAUAGGUAAAGGAAGUUAUGGAGUUGUUUGCUCUGCGUACGAUACACAUACUGGGGAUAAAGUUGCAAUUAAGAAGAUCAAUGAUAUCUUCGAGCAUGUCUCGGAUGCAACACGCAUUCUUCGUGAGAUUAAGCUUCUUAGGCUCCUUCGUCAUCCUGAUAUUGUGGAAAUCAAGCACAUCCUCUUGCCUCCUUCGAGAAGGGAAUUCAAAGAUAUAUAUGUCGUUUUUGAACUCAUGGAAUCUGAUCUGCACCAAGUUAUUAAAGCAAACGAUGAUUUGACCCCAGAACAUUAUCAGUUCUUUCUUUAUCAGCUUCUUCGGGGCCUAAAGUACAUACACACAGCAAAUGUUUUUCAUCGGGAUCUAAAACCCAAAAAUAUCUUAGCAAAUGCUGAUUGCAAACUCAAGAUCUGUGACUUUGGUCUUGCUAGAGUGGCCUUCAAUGAUGCUCCAACAGCCAUAUUUUGGACAGACUAUGUUGCGACAAGGUGGUACAGAGCUCCUGAGUUAUGUGGAUCCUUCUUCUCAAAGUACACACCAGCAAUAGACAUAUGGAGCAUUGGAUGUAUCUUUGCUGAAAUUCUGACUGGGAAACCUCUCUUUCCUGGUAAAAAUGUGGUCCACCAGCUGGAUCUGAUGACUGAUCUUCUAGGAACACCGUCUCCUGAAGCAAUUGCCAGGGUACGUAAUGAGAAGGCUCGAAGAUACUUAAGUAGCAUGCGCAAGAAGAAGCCUAUACCGUUUUUGCAAAAAUUCCCAAAUGCAGAUCCCCUUUCUCUUCGUUUGUUGGAAAGGAUGCUGGCAUUUGAGCCCAAGGAUCGACCUACUGCGGAGGAGGCUUUGGCGGAUCCCUAUUUUAGGGGCUUGGCCAAGGUUGAGAGGGAGCCUUCUGCUCAACCAGUGACAAAGAUGGAGUUCGAAUUUGAGAGACGGAGGAUUAUGAAGGAAGAUGUUCGAGAACUCAUCUAUCGGGAAAUUCUUGAAUACCAUCCAAAGAUGUUAAAAGAGUUCUUGGAAGGAACAGAAUCAACUGGUUUUAUGUACCCAAGUGCUGUUGACCAAUUUAAGAAGCAAUUCGCUUAUCUUGAGGAGCAUUAUGGAAAUGGUGUGACUGUACCUCCACCUGAGAGACAACAUGCAUCAUUACCCAGACCAUGCGUGCUAUAUUCAGACAGCACAGCACAUCAGUCAGCAGAGAUCACUGAUGACCUAUCCAGAUGCUCCAUCAAGGAAAUCGAGCAGCAGCAACCAGAUAGAGGUUGUAGGGAUCCUAUGACAAGAGUUCCUCUCCAAGUUCCUCAGAGAAUCCAAGGUGCAGCUGCAAAGCCUGGGAAAGUUGUAAGUUCGGUCUUGCGCCAGAACUGUAGAACAGCAGUGGAGGCUUUUGAACAACGCAAGAUUGUUCAAAAUCCCACUAUUUCAACUCAAUAUAAUGGUUCUGGCUGUUCAUAUCCUAGAAGGAACCCCAACUGUAAAAACGAGAGUGGAGAGGGUGAAGGACUUGAAGGAUCCAAUGGGGUGCAACCAAAACCGCAGUACAUUGCAAGGAAAGUGGCUGCUGCACAAGGUGGUCCUGGAGGUCAGUGGUACUGAUUCCAUAGUACAUUAGUACUUGUUCCGGGUAAUGGAAUUCUAUGUUUCGUGUUGAAUGUUGGAAAUUAUCUCUACUCACCGACCGCUAUCAGAGCCCCACUACCACAGAAUAUCUACUUAUUGGCAUCAAACAUGUGCAUCAAGUGUCAAGAGCAUCCAAUUGUUUGUCAGAAUGUUCUAUGGAUGCAGGUAUGCUGUUAUAUCAGCAGUCUUUGGAGAAUGGCUUCUAACUGUUGGAGAUGAUAGAGGAUGGUUAUUUUAAUUGUUGCAUAAAUUACUAAUGUGUAACUAGAUAUAUGGGGUAUGGACAAUUCUAUAACUAUAUCCCGUUCCUGUUCAGUUAAGAUAUCAAACUCCAAGAAUUAGGGAUUUAUGACAGCCAGAGAAGGGAUAUGCCCUUCUACCCAUUGUUUCAUAUGUUUAACCUCCCUCCCCAACCUAAUUCCUCUUGAUUGAAAGCAAGAGCUCAUGAUUGCUGUCACAACCAAUGAAUAACAUGCUCAGAUUGUCUCUCAGAUCUUUGUUAGACCUCUGAAUGUUGUAUCGUACUU